GGGAUAUUGUAUUUUGGGUAGUGGCAUUACUGUUUAUCUACCAACUGUCAAAUUUAUCAGCUAAACACUAAACAAAUUUGUUCUUUGGCGUAAAUAAAUUUUAAACAAAAAACCGCAAAAAUGUGUGCUAAAAUGGCAUUUCAACACCAGGCCGGAACGGCGAUGGAGUGUUUAAGCAUUCCUAUAACUCUUACUAAAGAGGUGGAUGGUGAUACGUUGCGUUGUGGAUUUAAAAUUGGAGGCGGAAUAGAUCAAGAUUUUCACAAAAGUCCUCAAGGAUACACAGAUAACGGGAUAUAUGUAACUGAAGUGCAUGAUAAUAGUCCUGCAUCAAAAGCAGGGCUUCGGAUACACGAUAAAAUACUUCAGUGCAACGGGUACGAUUUCACAAUGGUGACACACAAGAAAGCAGUAAGCUAUAUUAAGAAGCACCCUGUCUUGAACCUACUUGUCGCCAGAAAAGGCGUAACUUCAACAUAAUUCCUUUUUAAACUAAUUGUAAAUAAUAAGUUACCAGGAACACGAAUGAAGUAAUUUAUAAUAAGUGAAUGUUUGUGAUUUCCACUUUCCUUAAUUGCAUUUGACACUCGUAGCAACUGAGCUGUCUUAACAGUAAGAGGCAACUGGAAAACUUAGCUAAAUGUUAUUAACAAGUAGAUAUGUCUAUAAAUGUAGCUUUACAGUUGGAUUUAUGAAGUAUGUAGUACGAUUGUUGUUUCUUUUUAGGUGUAUGUUUUUAUUGUAUGCUCACGCCAUAAUUGAAAGUAUUAUUGUAAUAAUAAUUGCCUAUACUUUAGUACAAUAAGAAAAUAUGAAUAAAUUUAUUAGAGUAUAAAGGUUUAUUAAAGGUGGCUUUAAGUGUAUCUGUUAAUAUAUUUUCUGUCUUUAAUUUCAUAAGGCAUUUAUGUGAUUUUCACUUUUUAUUUAUACUGUUCACAUUCUUACAUUUUAUAUGUAAUGUUUAAUUUUAGUAUAUUUAUAAAUUGUGAUAGUACUGUUUAGUCGAUUUAUCUCUGUUAAUUUAUUCAUAUUUUCCAAAAUGGUAGAUUUAGAUGGAUGUUCUAAUAAAUGGAAAGAGUAGAUUUUUUUCACAUUUAGUAGGUUACAAAAUUAGUUUUUUUCUAAAUUUAUACUAUUUCUACAGUAAAAAAAGCGUAGACGAUCA